AAUGGCAAUGGCAAUGGCAACGGUAAUGGCAAUGGAAAUAGUAAUGGUAAUGGAAAAGGUAAUGGAAGUGAUAAGAAAGAGAAGGAGAAGGAAAAGAAGGAGAAAAAGCCAAAAGAGAAAAAGCCAAAGAAGCAACGUGAUGAAGCCUCGGAUUAUGACAAGCUGUCAGAACUGCCAUCAGGUCAAGAACGAGGNUUCUGCAGAAGAAACACCACCUGUGAGUNCAAGACCAUUGUGUGUCCAACCGAGUGCGCAAAGAGGAAGCCCAAGAAGAACAAGAAGUCGAAGGCAUGUUUCAUUGACUGUAGCAGCAGCAAAUGUGAAGCCACCUGCAAGGUAAGGAAAGCUAACUGUGAUGGGUAUGGAUCUCUGUGUUAUGAUCCUCGUUUUGUGGGUGGUGAUGGUGUGAUGUUCUACUUCCACGGUGCCAAAGGAGGAAAUUUCGCCAUUGUUUCUGAUGAUGAGUUCCAAAUCAAUGCUCACUUCAUUGGUACUCGACCACAAGGNAGGACUCGUGACUACACAUGGGUGCAAGCACUUGCUGUCAUGUUUGACUCACACACUCUUGUUAUUGCAGCCAAUAGAGUGUCUCAUUGGGAUGACACCAUUGAUUCUCUCACAGUGAAGUGGGAUGGUGAACUAAUCAGUGUUCCAACUGAUGGAGANGCUGAAUGGAGGGCCAAUGGAGAUGAAAGAGAAGUGGUUGUGGAGAGAACCGANGAGACCAACACUGUGAGAGUGAUGGUUUCGGGUUUGGUCGAGAUGGACAUAAGUGUGAAGCCUAUUGGAGAGAAAGAAAACAAGGUUCACAAUUACCAGUUGCCACAAGAUGAUGCUUUUGCCCAUUUGGAGACACAAUUCAGAUUUAAGAAAAGUACAGAUAAUUUUGAAGGAGUUUUGGGUCAGACUUACAGACCAGGGUAUGUUAGCCCUGUCAAGAGAGGGGUUCCUAUGCCAAUGAUGGGUGGGGAGAACAAGUACGAGACUCCCUCUCUC